AUGGCAACUAGAGAACCUGAUAUAUCUCAUGAACUUUCAAAUAUCGCUGUGAAAUUACAAGUGUGGUCGUCAGAUGCUAUAAACUUCAAACUUGAAGAUAAUGUUAUCCGAACAACAUUGAAAAACAAUGUCUAUGAUAUCAAAGAAAUUAUUAGCAAAAGAUCAGUUGGUCAUUCUCCCCUUCACUUGAAUCCUAGGGCGCUUACAUUCAUUUAUAAAAAUCAUGAACAUAGGGACCAUGAAGAGUUGGGACAAUUCUUAGUACAAGAACAAGACCCUAUCAGAAUAAGGUUGGAAAUUAUACAUGCUAAUGUUGGAUCUUUGGAUUUAAGAGAAUCGUUCCUGACAAUAAACUUGAAAUAUAGUAAUGGAAAGAAACUAGUCCUAAGAGAAUCUUUAAAGACAACUAUAAGAUCUUUGAAAUAUUCAAUUAUUGAUGAUUUAAAAUUAAGUGGGUUACAUGAUAUAACAACUUUGGAAUAUAACUCUGGGAAGGAUUUUCAAGAGCAGGAUGAAUUGAACAUUGGUCAACUACUUGACUUGGAUACUGUUCCACCAUAUGACUUGAACAUUUAUGUUAGAACUAAAGAUGAUUUUAUAAUUAGAUUAUCUUCACCAAAUCAAGAAGUUUUAAGAUUGAAUAAAGUUAUUGUUUCAUUAGACACGUCAAUAGGUGACAUCAAACAAUUCAUGAUCGAUCAAUACACUGGUAAUAAUGAUAUCACAUCCUCACAAAUUAAAUUAAUAUACUCUGGUAGAGUCUUGGGUAAUGAUCAAGAAUUGAGUGACAUAUUAAAUGGUGCCUCUCUAUCAGUCACUAUGAUAACUUUCCAUUUUGUCAUAAAUGAACCAGAGCCUCCAAAACCUUCAGGUGGAUUCUGGAGUGAUUUAAGAAAUGGUCGUUCAUUGUUUGAGUUUCUUCCAGUAGAACCUAAUCCAAAUUUUGAAGCUGAUUUAGAAAGAGAUCGUUUAUUAAGAGAAAGACUGAGUGGAGGUGUUGAGCCUCAACAAGAACAAGGAACACAAUCUAUUAAUGAUCAUUCACCCUCACAAGCUGAGAAUCAUCGAGACCAAGAGCAAGAGCAGCCACAUUUGGAUCAUAUAUCACAGCAACCACAACAACCACAACAACCACAACAACCACAACAACCGACUUCAUCAUCAACAACAUCUAUAUUCAGAGAUCAACAUCAUAGCUACAAGAAAGUCCCAAAUCACCCACCAGAAAUAACAAACCUUGAACUAACAGGUAAUUCUUAUUACAGUGUCACUAAAGAUGGAAAUGACGAAGAAGUUUUGGUUGAUCAAUUAGAAGUUUCACAGUGCAAUUUUGAAAUUACACUAAAUACAAUUGAUGGACCACAAUCUGUUCAAUUAUCAAGCUCAGACGUUAUUAUUAAUGACUCAGAUCCUCAAAAUCCCUAUUUAAUGGCUUCACCAUCAGGUUUUGCUAAAUUGAAGAAAUUGGGUAUUAGUAUUGAACCUCCAAAUCUUUUAAUUGAAACUAAUGAACAGCCAACAACUACUACUUCUAGCCACGCAACUCCUUCUUUCUAUUCAAGACCAACAAUUACAAGAAACACAGUUCCAAACAUUGCAUCUUCCACAACAGUUCCCUUAACAGCUACACAACCACGAACAGGAACAAUUCAAAAUCAACAACAACCAGGGAAUAGACGCAAUGUGUUUCCAAGGGUACGGAGAGAAGGUAGUAAUUUAAUUGUUAACUUAAGAAGAUUUAGUGGACAAUUGAAUUCUGAGAAUUUCACAAGACCUUUAAGACUAUUGGGGAAAUUAUUAUAUCAUUUAAUUAAAAUUUCAUUAUUUUAUCACUUGAUUGUUGCACCAAUCCAAGAUAAUUUUCAAAGAUAUUUCGCUAUGGGAUUAUUAGGGCUAUAUUUAUAUACAAACCAGACAUUGAGAUCAUUAUUAACUGAAAUUCAUACUUUAUUACCAAAUUCCACAAGAGAAUGGAUUUCAAGAUAUAUCAUAACUCCCGAGUCAUGGAUCUCAUCAAGAAUUUCAUAUCUAAGGUUCAAUUUAAUCAGUUCAAUUUUGAAUAUGUUACCAUCAACCAGUUCUGAUAAUACUUGGACAAAUAUGAUUGAUAGAUUCAUUAGAAAUGUUACUGUUUCAUUUAUUUUAUUUUUCACCAGUUUUGAUCCAACUUUACAUAGAUCAUUCCAUGAAAAUUGGCAUCAUAGAAGAAGAGCAAACCAAGCUGCUGAAGCAGCAGCUCAAACACUUCAGGAGUCACAAGAUGCUCAAGGUACUUCAGAUGUUCAUGAAGAAGAAGCUCAGGAAUCUCAAGAACAUGAAGGAAAUGAUAUAGAUCAAGAAGCUGAAGUCCAAGCAUCAUCAACUGGGCAUGUUUUAGGAACGUCUGAUGAUACUGUUGAAGAACAAAUUACCAGGGGUCCUGAUAAUGCAACUGGUGUGCAAGUUCAUCAUGAAAAUUAG